CACGCGAUGAAGGAAGUGGAGCUAUGUGGCAGUGAACGUCGAGAUGAAUAAGAAUUUCAUGAUCGGACGAAUAUAAUGGAAGCUUGUGGAUUGGGAAUUUUAUGUUGCUUGAGGCGAUAUCAUCAACCCAGGAAUUCGCAGCCCAGAGAGCUUCCUCAAGUGCAGCUAGACACAGGGCAUAUGGGUGAGUGAUUGCAACACCGGGUGAUUUGUGAAAGAGCUUGCCUGUUUUCACACUAGCACAUAUGAAUUUAUCGCUUGAGUAAUUCUAUUGGAUUUGUUUUAGGAAAUGAGGUCGUCAUUGUGAAAUCCGGUAAAAGAAUAUGCGGCUCUGGGGCAGCUUUAGCGAAUGCGGCGAUCCUUCAAAAUAAAUGCUACUUUGAGAUGAAAAUACAAUCUGGAGGUGCGUUACUUUGGAAUGUUACUUUGCGAUCAAUAUAUCUAUACUCUCGAUUUCUCAGCCGCAAAAAUUAGAUAGUUUUUAUCCUAAACUUACAUACAUGCCCCUUCUUUCCUAUCGUUUCUUAUGUCUAAUAAUUAAAAAAAAUUCGACAUUACAAAAUUGUCGAUCGGCUCAACUAAAAUCUGCUGAUUUAGACGGGUUACACAAAAUGUUUGUUUCAAAGGAUCAUUUAGCGAACUAAGGAAACGAUAUUUGUCAAGUUUAGAGUAAUUAAUGUUGGUCAAAAUCAGUUGGUUUUUGAGCAAAAUCAGGUAAAAUUUCCUCACAGCCCCAUACUACAUUAUGCAUUCAGUUCUUGGAUAGAGAAAACAAUGACAAAAACAAUACACUGCCACUGGGAAAAUAGAUUUGUUUGACAAUAGUAUGGGGCUGUGCGGAAAUUUUACCCAAAAUUAUCCUGGGAUUUGUAAUCAACAAGCGUUGUUGACAAGCUUGGAGAACAGGAAAUCAGGAGAUCACAAGACACGUCCAUGUUUUUGAUACAGAUAAGUGACUUGACUCCUUUUAAUGAGGGCAUGUGCACCAAUUGUCACUCUAAAUCAUGUAAAUUUGAAUAAACUAACCACAUUUGCGAUGGAAUUUUCACUUUUAACUAAAUAAUUGUAAAUUCGUGAAUAUUUCAAAUAUCAGUUUUUCUUGGAACUGAGUGAUAUUAAAUUAAUAAAUAAUGCAGAUUUUCUUUAGAUUCUUAUUAUAGACCUUCCCAAUUUUCAAAAUGAUUGUAAAUUUUUAAAUAGACUUUUAACACUGGUAGCAUCCCUGUUUAAAUUUUUUUUAAUUUUGUGUUUGAAAUGUUCUUUUAGUGUCCACAAUUAGCUAACAUAUAGCUAAAUACUCUUGACACUUAAAUAAAGUUAAUUGACAAGUUUUUGAUUGAAGUGAAAGUCGCCAAUACCCACCUAAUCCUACAAGAGCAAUGGAAAAUGCAUGCAGGUUCAUGACUGAUUUAUACAUGUAUGCUAUAUAUUAUCUGACAUUCACUUUUUACUUCCUAUUGGUGUAUAAAAUAUAAUAUGCAUUUUGACUUUUUUACCUGUUAUGGACCUGUUCAGAUGGAGCUGGGAGACCCCUGGUAGGUGGGGUAACCUACCUGUCUAUAUAGUCUGUAAUUUUAUCUAAAACAUUGCUUGAUAGGUUGGGUAACCCCAACCAGGUGGGUUGCCUGGUUGCUGGGUAGGGUAACCCAGUCAGCCACAUCACAAUCUGCCAUGUAAACUUCUCAAGGUGGGGUAACCCGCCUAGUGGGAGUCAAGUUCAAGUUAUAUUUACAAACAUGCCAAGAACCUCACUGGGUGAUCCCAGGGUUGUAAAAUUAUAUGUAAAAGUAGGCUAUUUUUCAAUCAUGGCUAUGUGGGUUACCUAAUCUACCUGGGGUCCCUCACCUUCACGUAAAGAGGCUCUAAAUGUCAGAGUACAGACACAUGCUUGUUAAAUGAAAUUAUCAGAAGGACUAUGUUAAGUUGUAUUUUUCUUUGUUAGGUGCAUGGGGUGUUGGACUUGCAACCAAAAGAUGUGAUUUAAACAAGAUACCAUUAGGAAAUAAUUCAGAAAGUUGGGUCCUUAGGUCUGAUGGCACUGUAGCUCACAAUGGAACUGUAAGACACAGACUGAGAGAAAUACCAGAAGAAGGAGACAUGAUUGUAAGUCUGUCUGUAAACUAAUUCAUGAUACUCAGGGGUUGCCAGGGUGGUUUUUGGGUGCUCCUGUCCUCCCCUUUCCUCCUUGUGUGUUUUUUUUUUGUUUUUUUUUCAAGUCAGUAACAUACAAAUCUUAUAAUUUGAGUUUGCAAAGAGGUGUCAAUUGCAAGAAUUUAUGUGGCAUUAAUUUUGCACUAGUGCUUGGUUCCCCUUAUUUGUCAAUUCAUCUUACUGCAUCAAUAUGAGCCUGCUGAAGAAGAAAAGUAGUAUAAGCUUCCUCUUUGCUAAAUUGUUAACUUUGAAAAAUAUAAGCUUAACUCAGUGGUCAAAUGUUGCACAUGCACAAGUGGAUCAGUUUUUAAGUUGCAUGCCAAUUUGUCAUGCAAAAUUUUUAAAGCAAUACACACACAAAAAAAAUUACUAUCAUACAAACUAUGUGAAAGAAAAUUCAAAAUGUUCAUAGAAAUUGGUAAAAAGGAAACCACAGUGGGGAAAAGGAAAACUUGAGACUUCUCUAACACAAAGCAUAUUCAAUUACAGGCAUCCUUUACCUUUACAGACAUUUGACCACUGUUUUUACUGGCUAUGCCCUCAUUAUCUUUAAUAUUGCAAUUUUAUAGUAAACAUAUCAUUAUUAUUAAUAACAAAAUUAAAUCUUUACCCAAGAUCAGCACUGGCUCACUAAAUUAAAUAGGACUGGUAUGCGCAUGGAACUAGCUAAAUCAGUGGAUUUUGGCCCAGCUCAACUUAUGGAGUUGAUUACGAUUUUGUUUCAGGCCUGUACCUAUGACCAUGUAGAGCUUAAUUUCUAUCACAAUGGAAAACAUUUGCACUGUCCUAUAACGGGUAUGAAAGGAACAGUAUACCCAGUAUUUUAUGGUAGGUAUUAAUUUGACACAGCCUUACCACUAACAAUGAGAAUUAUUAGACCUCUCAGUCCUCAGAGCCAUAGUAUCAGCCUUUUUUAAGGCUGGAAACAAAAAUACCAGACCUAUGAUUAAUUAAAAGCAUUUUUAUGGUUGGCAUGUACAAAAACACUCAUGUGAGGUUAAGGAGAAUUAGUAGCACUGUGAAAACACUUUUUGCUAGGUUUCUUUGGAGAUCUUCCUUUUAAGCCCUGCUUAAAAAAAGUGUGUAUCACCAUCUUGCAAAGUUAUUUUAUUUAUAAACCAUUUUAAUAGCUCUGUUGAUUGACUGUUGUAUAAUUAAUUAGACUGGUGUGUGGAAUAAAGCACUGGGUGACUUUUGAUCAACACUAACUUCUCCCUAUGUUUCACAAGGGAAUAUCAGACAAUUUAAACAGAAAAUCUGGCAGUCAAUCAGAAAGCACCUCUGAUUCUUUCUAUUAACCCCUUCUUUUGAGUUCAUGGAAAGAAAUGACAGGUCUUGGCCCCUAUUAACAGCCUAGACAGUCAUUAUCCAUUUUAUGUCUGCACUUUCAACUUUAAAAUGCAAGUAGUGCUUUUUUUUUUUAAUCCUGUUUUCUUGCAGUUGACGAUGGUUCAAUCCUUGAUGUUAGUUUCAGUGAAUUUGUUUACCAUGCUCCAGAGGGAUUUCAGAAGAUUAUGUUUGAGAAAAAUCUGCUAUGACCCAUUGCUAAAUGAGAUGCAUUAGAAUUGUAUCUAAAAUAAUCAAUUAUCUCAUCACAAAAUAUUUCUGUAGUUUGAAAUGUUUCAAGUCAAAAUGACUUUAAACUAGGUUCAUUCAUAUUUUCUAUUGUUCCAAGUAGAUUACAACUAUAAUAUUAUUAUUCAAUAAAGAAAGAAGCAAAUAAACCUAGUUUGAAUUCAUUUUAACCUGAAUUUUAAUCCAACCUAUAAUGUCAUAAAACUUUGUUCAGUGUGAUGAAUGAUUUUGAUGCUCCAUUAUAAAAUUCUCAUAUCUUGUAGAGUUUAAUUGAAUUAGAAGGUUAUGUCACAGGAUAUGAAUUUCUAAUAAUAACUAGAAAGUAAAAUCCAUGGAAAAAGGAAGACUUAACAUUGAUGAUUUAUAACAUAGAGCUGGUUAUUUAUACAAGGUCUAACCCAAACCAUGGUUUUACACAAUCAGUGUGCCAUAGGCUUUCCCUAGAAUAGGAGAGGGUUGAUUUCAUUUUAAAAGAAAUGUCCUUCAAUUGUUAACAUUUGGCUCUCUUGACACUGUUCACAAAAAUAAAUGUUCAGAUAAAGGUCCAGCUAAAUUGAGGAUUGUUUAGGACACAGUGUUGUUGAAGAACAGCUGAGCUUUGUUUAAAUAACCAGCCAAUGCAGUUUUCUUGAAGCCAAUAUUCUUUGUUAGUAUUUUGUUUUACUAUUAUGAGGUUUAAUUGAUGAUAUCUGACAAGUUAUAUAACAAAUCUGACCAAUUCUAUACAGACCAGGCAUGUAAUUCAUGUCUCAAUUUUUUACCAUACAAUAACAAGCAAUAUAUUCAGACAGAUAAAGAUUUCAAAAGAUGUUCACUACUAAAGUGAGAAAAUGUAUAGCAGUGUGUAGAGUUGAGAGAGUAGUUAUGAGUCUAAAAGAAUGAAAUAACAGGAAGGUAUAUAAUUAAUUUUUUUCUCUUCUUCCUCCGAUAUUGAAAUUUUAACUCCUCAGAAUGGGAUAAUAUUUUUCUUAUAGUCACACAGUCACAUAGCCAGAAUGUAAUUCAGUUUCUCCUUGUUUUUUUUAUCAAAUUGAUAUGUCUGGACCAAUAUUCUAGCCAAGCUUUUUUCCUAUGCUUCUGAGUAUUCAAAGGUAUAUAGAGUUUUUUUUAACAUAUAAUAUUAUAUAGGGUGCCCAACUAAGGGCAUCUUGUAAUCUCUGAAUUAUUUUUUUGCCAUCUGAAGCACUUUGUAUAAUCAUUGUCAGCCAUUUUAACCCUUUAACUCCCAAGAUCUUAUUAGUAAUUCUCCCAACUGUCUACCAUAUGGUUCUUUUGAUGUUAGUUUGGAGAAUUUGGCAUUGGAUCACUUUAUAAUCCCCCAACUGAUAUUUUUCUUUAUUCUCAUUGCUUGUCUGCUUGAUAUUGUAUUGAUAUUGUAAGGAGAAAUUCUGUUUUGGUCACUCAUGGGAGUUAAAGGGUGAAGAAAAAGUGUUGGAGCUUUUUAAUAAUGUUAAGUGAGUGAGGGUAACUCUUUAAGACUAGUAAUAAAUGUAUUCAGGAAAAUUGUGGUUAAUAGAUUAUAGUUUGUGUAUAAGCUUUGAUUGAAAGUUAGUCCACCAAAGCCUCAGC